GUAAAAAAAAUCGAUAUAAAAUGCUUAAUCUUAAAUUUGAAGAUGUAAAUUUUGGUUUCAUUUGUGUAUAUUACACGUGCUCCCUUUUUUGUGGUAUAAUACAAUUACCUAUUGCAGUAUUUCAUAGAAAUAAAAGAUUAUUUAUCUUAUGAUGGGUACUUGUGAAAAAGUGGUCCGAAGCCAGUCAUAAAUUUUUACCAAUAAGUCGCUCAGUAAAAUUGGUAUUAUCGACUGACUUACUGAUAACAAUUCAGGUGCUUGUGGUAUACCUUGUACAAGUAUACAUUAAUUUUUUCACAUGUACUUUAAGAUGGCAGAUUCAGUUGAAGAGCGUAGAUCCCACUGGACGUGUUACAUCUGCAAACGAAAGGCACCUAUUCAUUCCCUCGAUUCUUUGGAGACUCAGGAAAAGUCUAAGAAGACUGAAAUAUUUGUUGAUGGUAAUUACAGGAUUUAUUUGCGGUGUCCAUAUUGUAAAGACUGCUUCCAUGCACAGUGUGCUUUCUAUGAGCUAGAACUGAUUCUAACCAAAGAACUAACAGAUACUAUUUGUGAGAAGUGUGCAACAAAACAAGAUUAGAAUGUCUACAGAUCAGAGAACUCUUGUUCUGAGGAAUAGUGAUGGAAGUGAAAAGCGGGUGCGGUGCCAGACAGAAGUUUUUAACAUGCUGCUCUCAAAGGAGACAGAUCCAUCAGUCAAAAGCUUAGUUCUACAGUCUCUUCUGAAUGAAGAAAAGUCGGAUCUGCCAUCCAGCUUUAGUAGAUCAGAUGACCAGCAUUCAGCAUCAUCUGACACUUCAUCAUUCACUUCAGCAUCAUCGUCUAGAUCGGAAUCCCCUAUUACUUGUGAAAAUACCAGCAACACACACGUUUGGAAGGCAGAAGAAGAAGAUGUUUUGGUAAAUCUCAGGCAUGAGAAAAAUGAGAAGUUUUUAAAAUCCAAAAACCAUUCCAUGUUGUGGAAAGACAUUACUGCCCAACUUAAAGAUACUCUCCACUGUAUUGUUACCCCUAAUCAGGCAAUGAACAAGUAUUACAGUCUGAAAAAACGCUGGAAAGAAGUUGUUGAUGCCCCAACUGGAACUGAAAGGAAAUAUUUUCGACAGAAAGAGCAGUUUGAUGAAAUAUAUGGUACAAGAGAAAGUACAAAACCCACCAUCACGUUAGACACUUUGGAAAAAAACCCUGAAAGACAAGGGCCUAAACAGUCUUCAGAGCAACCUAAAAGGAAUAAAGGUACAGCGAAAAGACGUUCAGAUGUGCUGGAAGUACUAGAAAGACAUAACAAACAAUUCAAUGACAAAAUGGAGCAGAUGCACACAGAUAAAAUGGCAAGACUAGACAGACUUUUAAAUCUUUAUGAAAGAGAAAUUGAAGCAAAAGAAAGCUGCAAUAAGUAAAUGUUUUUCGAUAUCGUUUUCAUUAGACUAGUGCACAUUUUACUGAAACUAAACAUUUAGAAAAUUUUAUUUGAACACUAAGUAAAGUGGCAAGUGACCUAAGUGAUGAAAGCAGUAAAGAACUGUUUUCAAGUUUGAAUGUUAUUUGAAAAAAACCUGAAUAAUGUUAACCAUUUAACAUUGGUUUUCAGCAUUUCCAGACUUCCCAAAUGUCUUUUUUGAAUGCAAUGUUGUACUCUAUUUUCUUUUUUGGACAAACAUAUUGUUGGUCGUAUACUUCGGUUUAAUUAAUAAUCUUUUUUUAUGGAAGAAAACAUCAUUACACAAAGGUUUCAAUUUUCUUCUAAAUGUAGAUUAUCUGUUGUGUAGUUACACGUAUUUCGUACUUUUGGUCUUAGAUAUGCAUUUAAGAGACAUAAUUAUAUGUAAUUUUAUGUAAUACACGAACUAGUUGAUGCAUGUCUGCAUAUAGUUUAUGAAUUAUUAUUUAUAAGCUGUUCAGCAACAACGCUUCUAUAAAGUUUAUCAGCUUGAAACAAAACAAAGCUGCAAUAAAUAAAUGAUUUUUCAAUAUUUUUUUCUUAAGUGCACAUUUAACUAAAACUAAACAUUUAGAAAAUUUCAUUUGAACACUUAAGUAAAGUAACAAGUUGAUGUGCGGACAUUGAUAUUGUGAUAAUUAAGCUGUUAUGUGUUUUUCUUGUGUUACAGAUUACUUUAUAUUGUGCCAAAUAGCAAUAUGUUGAAGUUUUGUUAUUUAUUUUAUAAAUAAAAUGUUAAAUUUA